AUAACAUUACAAGCAUUCCCAGCCAUCCUGUUCGCCUCUUUCUCUUAGCUCAUAUUCUAACCUCUGUAUACUACACGCUGCCUCAUGGUAAACAGCCAAGCAAUUCGUCGGGUCAUACGAGAGGUAGCUGCUCUUCGAAGCAGUCCACCGGAGGGAAUACGACUUGUUACCUCGGAGGAGAAUAUGUUGGAUAUAACAGGAAUCAUUGCUGGGCCGACAGGCACGCCAUAUGAAGGGGGUUAUUUCCGUGUUGAAUUCCAAUUUGGCGAUGAAUUCCCUGCUGUUCCACCCAAAUGUCAAUUUGCUACCCGAAUAUUUCACCCCAACGUCUCGAAAACAGGAGAAAUUUGCGUGAAUACUCUUAAGAAAGAUUGGAAAUCAUCGUUUGGCAUUGAGCACAUUUUGGUUACCGUAAAGUGCCUCCUGAUAUACCCGAAUGGCGAAUCAGCCCUCAACGAAGAGGCCGGAAAGCUCAUAUUAGAACGUUAUGAAGAUUUCGCGCGACAAGCGAAGCUGAUGACAUCGAUACACGCCACGCCGAAGGUGAGGGAGUGUGUAAGCCUUCGGACACAUUAAUAGACUUUCACCAGCGACCGCCUUCGGAGUUCAUGGAUACUACAAAACAAGAAAGUGAAAAGACAGUGGAAAUCGAACCUCUUAUACCACUAGCACCCAGUGCACAAGUGCCUGUAAACGCGCCACAGCUGGACUACGUUCCCCCUCCUUCCCCGGCCCCGUCCCAGGGAUUUUCACCCGUACCACAAGCUGCAUUUUCGCCCGCGCCCGAAGUCUAUCGUAUACCCACGCCCAGAGGUUCACCGGAAAGGUUUUCUGUUGUACAGCAUCCGCCACCGUUUAUGAGAUCGCAAUUGGAUCGCCCACGAAGCAGCAGCCCCAUUGGACUGGUUGAGCAGAAACGCCUCGCGAGGAUAGCGUUGGCCGAGAAGAUAGAGCGAGACAAAAGAUGGGGUGGUCCAAAACGGAGGGGCCUACGACGGUUAUAAUAUAGCUGUUCCAUGUUGUAUUCUAUCUUUUCACGCGGGUGUGGAUGAUGACCCACCGUGACCUUCACGCACGAACUGCUGUAUUUGGAUUGGAUCCAUUUAUUGUACCAUUUGCGCAAUGUAUCAUCCACACUUGAGAUACUCAUAAUGCAAAUACAACCGGUGGAUGUCCGGUCGUAUUC